AUGUUUAGUGACGGCAUGUUAACAACGGAAGAAGAGCUCCAGCAUUUUUUGGAGAAAUUUGCCGUGGAGCCGCACUUGAUCAGGGCAUACAUUGCCCAUUUAGAAGAUCUUAAAAUACAAAGCGGCAUUAGAACAAGGGGGCGCGCAGAACAAAAGCGUAAAAUGAUGUCCAAAACGUUUGAAGAAUAUGCCUGGCGCGAUCUCGUAGAGUCUGGAGAUUUAAAAACGUUGCUUGUAUCUGACCUGAAUAAAUACCUUAAACAUUACAAACUCGUAAGCAGCGACACCAAAGCUGAAAAGAUACGUAGAAUCUCGUUGCACGUGCUUCGCGGGAACCAUGGUCAAUAGGAAGAUACGAAUGAGUUUACUGACGAGGAGACGAAGGAAUGUGGAACGGAAGAUGACAGCGAGGAAAUUGACAGCUCAGGGGACGAUGAAAGUGAGGAGGAUAUUGUCCUUGGAGAAUUGUAGACUGCAAAACAGUCCGUAUUUUUGCGUAUUCAAGUACGCGCGAGCAGUCAAACGAAAGGUCUGGGACGAAGCUGAAAACAGAGAGCGCUAAGGGCGUGUGAGGCGCGCGUAAGCCUCUUACGCCACGCUUGACCGAUUUCUUACUGAUUUUGAGGAAAAAACUGACUGUUUUGCAGUCUAGGAGAAUUGUUAAGUGGGCCUGACUCAGACCAAGACACGAUGGCGACUUCAUCACGCGAACGGGAACGUUAUAGCAUCGAUGAAAAGAUAUGGUUUGUCUUUCAAAGCGAUUCAGCUGAGGAGGAAUUUUAUGGUUUUGAUUGA